UUAUUCAAAGUACCGAGCGCCUCGUCCCGGACCGUCGCCGGCACCCCAGGCCGGGCCGCGGCGUGGCGGAAGGUGAUCGGAUUGCUCAGAUGUGAAGAUCCUCCUCUUCUCGGUCUGUGCAAAAGGCCCCGGAUAUUUCAAGUGGCCAUUUUGGAAUUACAAUGUUUUGGGGUGGUUCUGCCCGAUAAGGGACCGAGAGCGGCGAGCGUCGUCUGGACGGCAGCGGGCAGGUCCGCGGGCGGCUCCAGCGGAAACCCAGGCCCCGCAGGGUUCCGUCCGCGGGUUAUGUAACCGGGCCAGGUCUUCCCGCGGCUGGUUUUUGUUUGUUUUUUUCUUUCUCCCCGGGAGGGGCCCUCCCCCGCCCUCCCCUGUUGUGCUUCAGCCGAGCCGGUGCGAGAUGUCCGACCCGCGCCUCGGGUAGUUUCCGGAAGUUUCCAGGUGCCGGGUCCGUGUUGCCCAAGUUCCGCGGCCUUGCUUUCCACCCUUCUCGCAACUCUCAGGAAUUUCUGACCGCGGCCCUGUGCUUGUCGCAAUGGGACCGCUCCCCUAGAUGAAGGCCUUGGAGGAGCACUUUCUGCCCUGUCUUUUGUCCCCGCGGAAUCGAGAUGCUGCGCGGUCCCGGCGGCGCGGCGGCGCUGAGAUAGCCGAGCCCCUGUGAGCGCCGCCGAGGGAUGCGCCUCCGACGUGACGGCGUGUUUCUGCCUUUGCCUGCCGGCUCGUGAAUUGGAUCUUUCAUCCCGAGGGGAGCACGACACUGACAAGUACAUGGAGUGAGAAAGGAGACUUUGGAACCUUGAAUCCAAGGGACUGGCUAAUGCUGGAGCUGCCCUGUGAAAACUGGGAGACACAAGUAUGGGGAGCUGACUUGAAGUAACUCUAUGUCAGAUAGUCGUAGGCUAAGUAUCUUCAGAGAACUUGGAUUUUAUUUCAGAGGAUACAAAAUAAAAAAACAAACUGGAAAACACAAAGAUAGCAGAGAAAAACCCAACACCUUCCUGUGCGGUCCUGCUGGACUCUGGUUGCUUGGUUUGAGUAAGGAUCUGUAUAUGAGGCCCACACAUUGUAUUUGAUUGAUCUGCCUAUUCAAAAUCAUUUAUUUGUUGAAGAAACUGGACCAUUUGACCUGGACUUGCCAUGAGGUGUUGAAGCCUUGUUUCACUGCGUCGGAGAGACUGGACCUAAAUGGCGCAGCAUGACUUUGCUCCAGCCUGGCUUAAUUUCCCCACUCCACCAUCCUCAACAAAGUCGUCAUUGAAUUUUGAGAAGCAUACUGAAAACUUUUCAUGGACAGAAAAUCGUUAUGAUGUGAACCGUCGACGACACAACUCUUCAGAUGGCUUUGACUCUGGCAUCGGACGUCCCAGUGGAGGUAACUUUGGAAGGAAAGAAAAAAAUGGAUGGCGUACACAUGGCAGAAAUGCUACUGAAAACGUAAAUCAUCGCGGGGGUUACCAUGGUGGCAGUUCCCGUUCUCGCAGCAGCCUUUUCCCUUCCGGGAAAAGCCAAGGACCUCACGAAAACAGCGUCCCUGACAGUGAGACAGGGCGGAAGGAAGACAAGAGAGAACGCAGACAGUUCGAGGCUGAGGAUUUUCCGUCUUUAAAUCCUGAAUAUGAGAGAGAACCAAAUCAAAAUAAGUCUUUAGCUGCAGGUGUAUGGGGCCUACACGCCCAGACACACACAUACCCAACCAAAAAACUCUCCCAAGCUCCUCUCUUAGAAUACCCUCCGAAUCCUAAAUCUAGAACUCCCAGGAUGCUGGUCAUUAAGAAAGGUAAUGCAAAAGACUUACAGCUCUCUGGAUUUCCAGUGGUAGGAAGUCUGCAGUCACAGCCAGUAAAGAACGGGACUGGUCCAAGUGUUUAUAAAGGUUUAGUCCCUAAACCUGCUGCUCCACCUACAAAACCUACCCAGUGGAAAAGCCAAUCUAAAGAAAAUAAAGUUGGGACUUCUUUCUCUCAUGAGUCUACAUAUGGUGUCGGAAACUUCAAUGCUUUUAAAUCAACCACCAAGAAUUUCAGUCCAUCAACAACUUCAGUAAAGGAGUGCAAUCGCUCAAAUUCCUCGUCACCUGUGGACAGACUCAGUCAGCAGCCCCGCCUGACCAAGCUGACCCGCAUGCGCACUGACAGGAAGAGCGAGUUUCUGAAAGCGCUGAAGAGGGACCGCGUGGAGGAGGAGCACGAGGACGGUGGCCACGCUGGCUCUGAGAAGGAUGACGACUCGUUUAAUUUGCAUAACAGCAAUAGCACUCACCAAGAAAGAGAUAUAAACAGAAACUUUGGUGAAAGCGAAGUCCCGCAGGAGAACGGCAACGCCUCGGUGGUUUCCCAGCAGGUCGCUCGGUCUUCGACCUUCCCACAGACUGAUGUGCUUUCCAGUUCACUUGAGGCAGAACACAGACUGUUGAAGGAGAUGGGCUGGCAGGAGGACAGCGAGAACGACGAGACCUGCGCCCCCCUGACUGAGGACGAGAUGAGGGAAUUCCAGGUCAUCAGUGAGCAGUUGCAGAAGAACGGUCUGAGGAAAAAUGGUAUUUUGAAAAAUGGCCUGAUCUGUGACUUCAAGUUUGGACCCUGGAAAAACAGCCCUUUCCAGCCCGCUCUCGAGGACGACGACUCGGAGACCAGCAGCAGCGACACCUCGGACGAUGACGACGUGUGAGCGCCUGCUGCGGGCCGCGUGCACGCCGCGGGUGAGCCGCUGAGCGCAGGGCUGCCUUCGCGUGGGGAGAGGCCCGCUAGAAGAUUUUGGGGACUUCAGUAUGAAGAAAACCAAGGAUGUUGUGUUGGGCUGUGUUGAACAUUACUUCUUUGUACGUGAAUGUUGUAGAAGUGAGGACCUGGGUUGGCCCAGCCUUGACUCUUCAUCACUGCAGCAUCUCUGACUAGCAAUGUGACGGUGUAACGAUGAGACUCCUCAUUUAAUAAUAAAACUCGUGUAAUGUUUUGCAAAGCUUCUGUCUUAAAAUGUCCAGGUCUUAAGAACAAAGGCAGCUUACACUGUUUUGCUUGCAGAGUCCUAUCUUUUCCGUACAGUGGAAACCCUCGAGUCCACUCUGUGCGCCCCCGACCCCCAAAAGGACAAUGUAGCAUGUUGGCUAAAACUGGAGCAAAGUGCACUAAAACAUUAAUGUCCUGAGCUCACCUGUUGUACUAGCCACCUUGGAAAACAUGAAUCGCUCUUUAGCCAUUCUUAGUUCCGUAACUAUUCCCCAAAAGACUUGCCACACUUUCUUCCAAAUUUUAAGAGGCGAUUUUCAGAGCUUUAUUUGGGUGUGUUGUCAGACCAGGAUUUUCAGAGCUGAUGGAAAAGAGUUGUUGUGGGAAAACUUAUUUUGAUAAAUUAUUACACGUGCAGAAAAACUGAUCACACUGACUGGAUCUGUC